CGCAUCCAACCCUGGUCGAUAGUCAUAUAUUCUUCCAUUUGGAUCUUGGACUUCAGUCUUUAUACUCAGGCACACCGUCCAUCAUCCUAUCAAACAUCGGCCCGGAGAUCUCUCUCGAUCCCAGUGCCAAUGAUGCAUUGCCAAACGCAGCAUCAUGAUUGAGCUACCUGGCGGAGAGCACGGAAAAAUAUUCGUGAUUGUCCGUCAAGUAGGCCAUCAUCAUUGCAUCACGAUAGACCGAACCCCUCAUUCUUCCUUUGAUGAGAUUGGAAUGGAAAGCUUAGUUGAGCUGACCCCUCCCCCACGGGCCGGUGAAGUCCUUGGAAACAUCCUUAAUGUAGGCAAAAGAGGGCCUGAUAUAUAAAUCAUCUCAUUAUUCUUUUUAAUCUGUGUCGUUGUCACUCACAGCGAUUUUCUAACUUGAGAAUCCCCCUAAAAAGAUUCAAAAAUGAGGUUACCAUUCAUUUGUUCUGCCUUUGGAGCUUUUGUUAGUCUAUCUUCUGCCACAAUUCUGCAAAAUGGGCAAGUUAGGAUCACCAACUACCCCAACACCGUCUUCAAUGGGUCGACAGCUCAGUUUUCGACAUAUCCUCCACAUGCAACAGAGUUAUCCUAUAAAGGAAGGUGGGAUAGCAAGUUUAUCUCUUGGUGGUCAGCGCCUGGGUUAAAAUUUGGAUUCACGGGACAGGAGGUGGCCAUUACCUUUGGACCGUACACGACUGAUACAGUAUUGGUUGGGUACCGCAUUGACGGACAAGAUUGGCAAUUGACCAACAUCACAACCAAUGCUACACACCUCCUCGUCGACUCGACCACCGUUGGAGUCAAUCUAACAAGUCCCGUGAACCCGUCAACUUUCGAGAUGCGAGUCACGAAUUGGGCCUCUGGAGUGCAAAUAGCUUCCAUCCAUGUUGGCAAGGGAGAGAAGCUCGUCAAAGUUCCAGAUUUUGGCAGAACCAUAGAGGUGAUAGGCGAUUCCCUCUCAUCUGGCUAUUCUGCUACUCUGGAAGGCUUGUCAUCCUAUGCGUAUGGCUUGACUGCGGGUCUUGGAAAUACUGAAUAUUCCCUCACGGCGUAUCCUGGGGUCUGCCUAUUUGACAAGCAAUGCUAUGGCAACCUUCGAGGCAUGUUCUACCAAUGGUUUCAGACAUCAGAUACCAGCGGGCGAGCAAUUGAUAUCUGGGGCGACAACCCAGAGGUAUGGAACUUCUCGAAUCAGCCAGCUGCCGAUAUCGUGAUCAUCAAUCUGGGUACAAAUGACAACAAUCAUGUCAACAAUGUGUCAACUACAGGCUAUGUUGCACAGUACACGAUGCUCAUUGAGGGUGUACACGCUAUAUGGCCCAAAGCACAGAUCAUUUUGAUAGCUCUUUGGGAAGGCUUCGACACGGUUGGUAACACCUACAUACAGUCCACGCUGGACUCAGACGUUGGCUUUGUUCCACAGAUAUAUUCGAUUUACGAAUAUUUCAACUCCAAGGAAUAUCUCCAGAACCCUGUGCUCUACGAUCCCGUUAAAAACUCGACUUAUCAAUCUCAAACGCCAAGCGAUCCCUUUGUUCACUAUUUCAACACAACCGGAAUCCUGCAGCACAACGACAUUGGUCCGCAAUACCAUCCUACUGAUGCUGGACACAUCAAACUUGCCAGUCACUUAAUGCAAUACAUCAAGAUGAAAUUCGACUGGCCGUUGUACGCUACUGGACCUGAGGUGUUCCAUGAUACGCUAUAUUGGAAUGACCAGACUUCGUACUGAUCCGAUGAAGGAAAUAUCAACGGGAUAUCCAAAAGGGAAACUAAUUGGGCAAGAGUGGACUCUAGCAGGAUAUCUGCGCUCCGUUGGAAUUAAGAAGGAAUAAAGUUACAU